AUGGAACCCUCUCCGCAUCAGUGGGAGCCAACUCCCUCCUCCCUCCUAUGGGCCUACGAAAUCCGGCGCGAAAACAUUCACCUGGCCGAUGAAAUCCAUAAAGCCAAAGCCGACCUUAGCUCAACCGUAGACACUAUCAACGACGUGAACCAGAACGUCAAGGAACUGAGUCGACAAGUGAAGCAAGCGGAGACGAAUGCUAUUAAGAAUCUCCAGUGUCUUGACACUAGGAUCACACAUGGAACCAACAAUCUGAUCAGGCGCGUCGAGGCCCUGGAAAUUGAGAACGGAAGAUUGAAGGCGGAACUUGAGAAUGUUGGGAACGAGUGUGCUGCGCGUUCGAAAGGGUUGUCCCUUGUAUUGGAGUCCAUGAAGACAGAGAUCAUGAAUGAGGUUCGGAGGAUAUUUUCCCAGGAGAAGGGUUCUUUUCGAGUCAAUGAACUACUAGGAGGAUCUCAUGGCAAUGCCGGUAAGUAUUUACCUCCUAGUUGGUAUGGUUCAGGCCUUCUGUUCGCCAUGUAUGAAGUUGUCUGCACUCAUAUGGCUCGAGUAGGGUCUGACAUACUUGUUCCUGACUCAGGGCCCAAGGAUGUCACCGCUUCAGCGCGAGAACGGGGAAACUCUUUGCAGGCGUUGUCCGAGACCACAUGGGGCCCAUCCAGGUCUAGUUCGAUUGAAGGACGGCGCAGUACUGAAUUAGGCCUGUUCAAUGGAAUGGCCAUGCAGGGGCAAGAGAACUUGCACCGUCUCUUCAGACAAAAUGCGAGACCGCUGGGGGCGUAUUGGUCGUAUGCCAUAGAUACCCGCAUUCAAUUGCCUUUGUGGAUGAAAAGCAGCGAUAUUGCAAAGGCCUUUGUAGAUGGACUAGAAGAUACCGCUACCCGAGAUUUGAUGGAAAGGAAGCUAUAUGCUGCCGGAUGGUCGUGGGAUGUAUUGGCCGAGGUCAUGCAUAACAAGCUCAAUGAGAAGAAGUCUCAAACGGUCAAAUCGCCUGUUCGAAUGAAGGCAGGCUCAGGAAAACCCGGGGAGGCUUCGAAGCCUAACACUCCGAUCAAGCACAAGAAGAAGAGAAAGCGAAGAGUAAUACCUAUAGUACCAGUGGAUGAAGACGAUCUUCUUGAGAUGAAUUCAUGA